GUCGCUUUAUCAAGCUUAUGCAGUUCCAGUUUUGAGCUGCUUAAGUAUCGUUGGUUUGGUUUCUCCGAAAAGAUGGGAAAAUGCCGGUUCCUUAAAUCUGCGGCUCGACAGUUGGCGGGAACGUGCCCAGCCCAAGCGCGAUUUUUGCUAUGGACACUCAGCAACAUAGAAGGAAAAAAGGAACAUCCUGUAAAUCCCGUGUGCUGCUACUGUUUCCAAUUUCUUUUUCCCAAUAACUAUAGAAUGCGUCUAUUGCCCAAAAUGAAAAUAACAUCAAGGACAGAAAAAAUACUCAAUCUAGAGAAAAAAAAUUACAGACUUAGUUUAAAGCAAACAAAGCUCUUGAGCAAGUACAAGGAAUCAAAGAAUACCCUGUUCCAGGCCUUCUUUGGUUUUGGAGAGUUGUAUCACCAGUAUACUGAAUAUUAUUGA